GUAUCAAAAUGUGAGCGCGCCCAGUAUCUCAGUAUCUUUCAAUACCGCUUGAGAUGCUGUUAGAAAAUUGCAAAGAUUUCGUUUAACUCAAGUGUAAAAAAGUUACUUUAGACAAAAUAAAAAUGCCAGAUUCUGAUAGAUCAUCUGGUGAUAACAAUUUCAACGAUGAAGCUCUCCCAAUUCCCAUUCAAGUGUUUUUAUGGAGACAAGUCAGCCCAUUUGUUAAACCCAAAUUAGGAAAAUUACAUGAAGCAUCAUGCAUGUUUUGUCAACAUUCAAUGACCGGUCAUCAUGAACUUAAAGAAGCGUGUAAAAUAUUUGAAAAAGUGUUAGUACAGAAUAUUCAAAGUGGGUUAAAACCUGAUUUGUGUGAAGCAAUUCGUUCGAUACCUAGAUGGAAAUUAAUACAAGCUUCCCUUCCACAUGUCAUGCAUUCAACUGCAUCUUUAUUAUUUACUCGAAUGAAAGACGGAAAUAUUCAAAGUCUAGGAGCUGUUGAAACAAAACUAAUGUACACUUUACAUUGGAUUAUUUUGGAUGCAGCAGAAGAAUGUGCGGAUAGUGAUUACGAAAAAGGAAUUUUCCACUCAUCACCAUUCUAUUAUUUGUUUUCUAUUCCAACAAUAACACUUUUUGUGUAUUUAUUUGCUCCAAUGUGUCACCAUUUGAAAGAAUCGGAUUUCCAAAAUUUUCGUUUAGAGAAUGGACUUAAAAUAUGGCAAGCCAUGUGGGAGUUCCGACAUCCGGAAGCUUUGUGUUUUACCUCACACUGCAAGCCAAAACCGAAAUAUCUUUUGGGGAAAAAUCUCAAACAGAAAACGCAAUUUGGUGAUGUUUUUCUAGGACGUAAACCAUCGGAAGACGGUUUAGGGCACGAAAGUCCUCCCAGUCAAGGCAUUAGUGCUUCUAGUUCCGAACAACAACAUUUAUUUUCUUGUGGUCCAUCUUCGACUACCGUUACAGUUACGGCCACUAUUACGAAAAUAACCGAUGAUGAAAGCAAUUGGGUUUCAUCUCCAAAAGAUACGGUAUUUCCUGAAACAAUUCCUGAAGAAAGUUCCAGCACUGAAGAAGAGCAUGUUGUUAUUUUUAGACUACCAUCUCUGCACGAAUCGGAUGGAUUUAUCCGAGAUCCAUCUAUUUAUACGGCUGAAACUAGUUUAUUUCAACUUGCUAUGAGAAAAACAACUGGCAGCAAAAACAAUGUUAAAAGUGGAGAAGUUUCAACUCCUGUAGGUACAGAAGGCAAACAGAGCAAGCCCGCCAUACAAAAAAUCGGGUUUAUAAAAACUUCUAGUUCAUCAACUGACAAAGAUUCAGUUGAUAGUAGUAAACACGCGUCGACUGAAGGACCUGGGGGAGAUAUGGAAGGUUCCCGCAAAACACUUCCUGGUCAAACUGGUGAUAUAACCUCAGCUACAUAUCUAGAUGUUGCUGUUUUAAGAUGUUUGUUUAUAACGCAUUGGCAAGAGGAAGGAAUCUACUGGGCUUUGCACUAUUUAUACAACAGAUUGAGAGAUAUUAGCGAAGAAACUUCUGCUCAACAACAACCACGUCGUAGAAGCAAUUCUCUCCCAAUACCGAAAAUCGAAGUUUCACUUUAUCAAAGCACUGAGCUCAAAAAACAAGAAAACAAUAAAGAUUUUAUCGAAGUUCCCGAAGUUAAAGAUGUGUCUCUUUUAGCUGAAUCCCCUUACACCAAUAAAAAAUCAUUAGAUGAACCGGUUCAUUUGAGACGAGUUAGUGAAAAAACUAAAAAGCGAAUGAAAAUGGCAGAUCUUAAAGCUUUCGUUGAAACCAAACUUUUAUCAAAAUCCGACAAAGCUUUGGAAAAGAUUGGCCAAGAUGAACCGAAACCAUUAGGAGAACAUGCGGUGGGUGCAAGACGAAUGCUUAGUGAUUAUCAUCGCAGUUUAGAUACAGGUGAUGAGCAUUUAUCAAGACCAAGUUCUGCAAUGUCAAAAAUGUUUGAACCAAUGCCCAGCAAUCUGGUUAAAGGGAAAAGCAUGCCGAGUUUAAGCUGUUUAAUAGAUGAACUAACCUCUGGUGGGUACAUUGGUGAAAUUCAUUGGGACCGUCGAAGACCAAGUCGUUUCGAACGACCUUCACAGCCUAUGGCCAACCCCAUCAUAACUGUAACAGAACAUACUCCUACUCCAUCACCAGAUUAUCUUAAAAGACAAGGUUCCAUGGAUAGUCAAUUAGAUGCUGCUAGUUUAUCUGGAAGUAAAUUAGGAAACUGGUAUGAAAGGAAAGCCAGUCUUACACGUUCCCAAACAGAUUCGAAUAUCACUUAUGCGGGAGAAGAUAUUCCAGAAGCUCCUGGUUCUGCAUGUUAUAUCACCAAAGAAGGUGAUAUCGAUCUUCAAGUUGUUCUCAAAGCCGUUCAUACCACAUCUCUACGAGAAAAUUCCACUUGCACGUUGCGUGUUCUUGAAGUUAUAUUAAAUCUGAUCGAACUCUUGAUGGAUAUUGGAGUUUUGAAACAGUGUUUAAGAAACGAAAUCAGUGGGAGUGCGUCCACUUCGGGACAAACCACAAGUCCUGGAAAAACGCAAAAGAUGCCUCAAAGUACCACCUUUGCAUCAUUGGGAGGAGAAAUAGAAAAGUCUUCCAAACCAAUGACUUCUCAUCGAAUAAUUAUGAAUGUGAUAAUAAAGGUUCUUAAACACUUGGGUUGUCCACAUGGUUGCGCUGAUGGGCAAAGAGGACCCGCAGCAGAAUUUUUGAGAACUCAGUGCCAAAACAUUUUAGCUAAACUAAACCGAGCGAGUGGAAAACAAUUUAAAAAUUUCUUAAGAGAUUAUGUCAAAAAUCAAACUAUUCCAGAUAUUUUAGACUUCUUCCAUGCUUACGUCGGCUAUUGUAUUGACCCAAGCUCUUUGUUGUCUCCAUUGAACCAGAAGCGGGGCUCUAGCAGGUCACCUGACACGGUAUCGCAAGGUGGUUAUGGAACGAACUUUGACACAGGCGUAGGUGGUGGAGGGAUGCGAGGGGUUGAAGGGCAAGUCAUGACACAUGUUUUCAAACCAUUGGUCACUAGGUUUGUUGGUUCGGCCAAAGAACUCAAAACGCCCGAAAAUUUGGGAAUAUACUGUGAAGUGAGGCAACUUAUGACCUACGUUAAAGAGGGACAUGGAAGCGUUUUCAGACGAGUUGCUUUAAGUGCACUCAUUGAUACAGCUGACAGACCAAGCAAAAAAGAAUCAAAUACCCAAACAACUCGUGUUAUACGGCACAUGCAUUACUCCGAAAUGGACGAUCAACAAGAUAUUCCAACCGAUACCUCAUACACUAUUGAUGAAAAAGGGGUUCGAAAACUCUUAUUCAAAAAACGGAGCACUUCGUCAACUUGCGCGAGUUUAUUGGAAACUGAAGCCGAAGAAUUGUCUAAAAUCAGUCAAAGUCCUUUAGGCAAUAUUCGGAAACGCCAUAUUCUAACACCUCGCCAAAGCGAGAAAGCUCUUGGUAUUUCGGAACCAGCUUCCAAAACCAAGUCUAAAUCAAAACUUGGUGGAAUUGUUAAUUGGUUUAAGAAGAGUGAUCAGACAUCGCUUGAUAAUAAUGAGAACCUUGAUAAUGGUGACUCCGGAACGGAUACUUCAAGCUUUAUACGGCAGCCUUCUAAAUACUAUCCAAAUAAAACUGGAAAAAGCAAUGUUGGGCAAACUCUCCAAAAAGCCAAAAGGCGCGUAGAAGACCGUUUCAACAAAUAUGUAUUAAAAAAAGGCAAGAAAAAGGAUGGUAGCACCGAAGAAUCAUCAGGUGGAUAUCACAGUCGCAGAAACUCAAUAGAAAUGGGCGAAUCUUCGCGUGAAUCAGAAUUUGUUGUAUUCAAAGAGCGAAAAUUAGUAGCAACUGCGCCUGUAUAUCAAGGCGCUUUAAGAUUAUCAUUUUUACUUGAAACUUGUCCACCAGGUUCUGUCCCCGAUGCUUAUCUCCUUGCUUCAAUGCUAGACUUGCCUCACUCUACUGUUGUUGCAAGAGCCACUCUAUUUCUCGAAUGCGCUUAUUUUGUCCACUGUUGCAAUAAGGGCCAAUGGCCAUCAUGGAUGAAACUUAAUUUUCCAAUGUUUCGACCUUCUGGUCCAUUGCCAGCUCGUGGUCCUACCACUGGAAUAAGAAGAUCGCACAUUAUGCAAAAAGCUGCAGGAAAAAUGUUUUACCAAUGGGCUGAAGUUCUAGGGCAACGACUUGAAGAGAUUAUCAAUGAAGAUAAACAGUUGGAACCACAUGUUGCCGCAAUGGUGCUGGAUGAACAAAAACAGAAGGAACUUCUAAUGCAAGAUGAAGAGGAAGAUUUUCUAGAUGAAGCGAGUAUUAAUACGUAUGGUUCGAGUUGUCCAAUGGCUCUUCGUCUCAUUGCUUGUAUUCUACUGCACGAAAUUACUGGAUUUCUUAGGGAAACGUAUCAAACAUUACCAAAAUCAUCACGAAUGACCGGCAAGGAACGACCAGUACCUUGGGAACGUUAUUACAGUAAAGAGGCAAAUCGGAGGUGGAGCAUGGCUUUGUCUUCGAUGGGACAUUCGCAGACUUCGGCUCAGAGUCUACAAUCAAUUGCUGGUGACCGAGAUUCAGGUCAAGCCGAACGUAAAAUCAGUUUUGUUCUCCACGAACCAGACAAUGAAUCGGAGGGAAGCAGUAAUACCACUGUUACAAUGCAGGCUAUGAUGCAGGGAGAAGACGGCAAACGCAUUGGAGGUCAACCUCCACGUCCUUACCUACUACGAAGAGGUACAGCAGCACCUACUGGAGGUUCCUUUAAAAGAAGAAGUUUGAAACUAAGACGUGGAACCAAAGAAGGAAAAGAUAUGGAAAUUGAAUGGAGGAUUCCAGAAACAGUGAAAAGGACUGAUUCAAUACAAUCCAAACGAAAAGUUAGUUCCUUAUCUGAUAGAAGCGACACAUCCGAACCUGGAAUGCCUGGGGAAGCAAGUGGGGAAGAAUCUCCAGGAGUACUUAGCGAUGAUCAACCUCCCGAAAGUCCAAGUGAUAGUAACGACACAGAUGAUACCACAAAAAACAUGCCUUGGAUGAAGAUUAUGGUUCAAGUUUCAAAUUCGUUUUAUUAUUUUUGCACACAUCAAAACUUUUGCCAUCCAUUUUGCUACCGACGCGUUAUGAGAGCUUGUAGCCGACUUGUCAAAGCAGUUAGAAAAGUGUACGGUGAAGAAUUUGGAGUUUUAGACGAUAAACUCAAUAUGGAUUUUGGUGGUAAGAAGAAAGGCAAAAAGGACAAGAGCCACAAUCGAAAAGUUUCCGAUCAGACUAGCUCUCAAGUAUCGCCAAUUCGACGAAAAGACAGUGUGGGCAAAAAAGACAAGAUUGAAAAAAAUUUAGAUGGAUCACAGUUGAGUAAAUUAGCUUCGAAAGAUUCAUGUCGAGAUAUUGCAGAAUCAGAGACUGGUCAAGACUCCUCAAAGAGUAACAAUGAUGAAAAACCAUCAGAACCUCCUCCAAUUUUGAAAUAUAUCAAAACACAAGUCAAAGAUGCCUUCCAUAGCCCUUUAGCUGUUCUCCUUAAAGGAGCAGUAAUUCUUUCGGAAGAACAUUUUGUUGAGAUAAUUCCAGUGGCUUGGGAACUACUACUUGAAACGAACCAAGAAGUAACAGCCUGUGCUGCCUCUUUAUUUAUUUUAGCGGCGGUCAAAGCACCUCAGCAAGUGUCCGAAAUUAUGCAACAUGGUCUUUCACAUCCAGACCCAGCUGUUCGGAUCAAUGCCAUUCUGAGAUUCCAAGUCUUGUGGAAAAUGCGAUAUCAAGUGUGGCCAAGAAUGGAGGAAAAUGCUCACAUUUUAUUCAAAGUACCACCUCCUGGAAUUGAGUUCACUUUACCAUCGCCAAAAAUUGGAAUUGAAUCGUUGGAUGUUGUAGAUUCUCCGUGGGAACUACUGGUGAAAACCAAAGUUGAAGAAGUUACAAUCAAUCAAGAACGACAUAGAUCUCUAGUAACUGCUACAAAAACACGCAAGAAGCAGCAGACUGAACUGAUCAAAAUGGCGCUACAAGCACAAGACGAUAAAAAACGAGAAGAAAGGGAAAACUUUUUGAUAACGACAAUUCCUAUCACAAUUCAAGCAGCACAUGAACCGAGUCUUUAUCACACUAGUGAGGAACAUGAUGAAGCGGACGAUGAGCAAGCUGAAGGACAAACACGAAAUACAGUACAUCACCUACACUCAGCCCAUUCUCUUUUCCCGUCUUGUUUAUGUUCGGCAGUUGUUCAAAUCAUUACUUUACUGGAUGAUGCCGCUGUUUCUGCUGAUGGUAAUGCAGUCUAUGAAGUUGCAUACCAAGUCAUCUGGUGUUGUUUGGUCGAAGACAGUGCUUUAUUUUUGAGAUAUAUUCUAGAACGACUAACACGGGAAAAACAGGAACAAAUGUUUAAAAUUUUACGCCAUGUCAUUAGAUUUAUUCCAAAACUACCACAACAGGCAGCUUUUGCCUUAUACAAUUACAUAAUUGGAUACGUGAUGUUUUAUGUGCGAAGUCCUCACGAAGAUGGUCAAAUGUUAAUUGGAGCAGCUUUAUCUUUGUUGUGGAUGGUUGUUCACAGUGUUCAAGGAAUUAUGUUCAAAGAUUUAAAGCAAAUACUAAGGAAAGAACAAUGCGAUGCUUCUAUUCUACUCACAGCCAAUGUUCCAUCUGCCAAGAAAAUUAUAGUGCAUGGACCUCAAGAUCCAGAUGCUGGAGGCAUUCCCUCCCAAUUCCCGAUUCAAGAAGACACACAAUUUUGCCAAAUUCUGAGAGAGGCUUUAGACUUUUUUGGAAUCGAUGAUAAUCGACACAAGGAAUUUUUCCUAGUGGAUUACAAGACACACCAAAUAAGAAACCCGUCUUCCUACGUUCGUGAUUAUUACUUCUUCAAAAGAUCACAGUAUCCACAAUUGGAGUUAAUUCACAUGAAACCGGAGGAAGCAUUCAAUGCUUUGCAAAAACAAGAGCUGUUACACAAAUUUGUUGAAAUCGGGAAAGUUCUUCUCACUUGGGCCAUUUUGAAGAACGUUGACAUGGUAGUUCAAAGAGUUGUUUUUCUUCACGAGGAAUUAAUGAAACUUCCUUCGUUUCCUCGCAAAGCACUCGAGUCUGAUUUGGAUCUUUACAAAGGAGGAACACUUGGUAAAGAGCUUCUGGGUUUAGACGUCCUCCAUAAAUUUAUGUGGGUGCGACUUAUUGCACGAAUGUUUGAGGCAAUGGCUGGGAAUUUUGCCUAUUCGGGUGACAUCCACUUAUUUCUCAAUGUUUUAAAUGGGUCUGUGAUACUACAUUCUGAAGACGCGUGCAUUUUGCGAUAUGUUAUGGCUACUUAUAUUAAUGCAGCUUUUCAUUUUAAAAAUAUUUUUUCAACCAAUGGGUACUUACUUAUUAUGCCAACAUUAUUAAAAAUUUACUCGAACCACCAAACAAAUAAACUAGUCACCACUACUGUUGAAUAUGCCGUUAAACAGUUUUAUUUAAUGAAUCGGAAACCUUUCAUUCUACAAAUGUUUGGUUCCGUUUCUGCUAUGCUUGAUACCGACGAAGAAGGGACGUUUGGUGACGCACACAAAAUACAAUCGAGCUGCCUUUUCAAUCUUCUUUUAAGUCUGGAAACACCAUCACCCGAUCCGUUAAACAUCGCUGAACUAGUUAAAGAAGAUAAACCUUUAAAGGCAAUAGACUUUUGCUACCAUGAUGAAAAUGAAAUGGUGACAAUUUUGGACUGUAUAUCGUUAUGCGUGAUGGUGGUUUCGUACUCAUCUGAGAGUGUAAGAGGAUAUCAAAUGUUGAUAAUACUGGAGGCUAUUUUGCCGUGUUACGUACAACAUAUUCAGUUACCUUCAUACAACAAGGAAGGCAAGACCGAAAAAGAAAUCAUUAAUCAACUUGCUGUUUCUAUCAAGACUUUAGUCAAUAACUGUGAAGCACUGACAAAGAGUUACAAUGGACCGUAUCGGUCAAGUCCAGAACACAAAGGUUCCAGUCAAAGAAAUUACAGUCGAGGGCCUUACUCUCCAGGCUUCGAUUUUGAGGAUGAAUCACAUUCAAAAUUUAUGAGCGAGCACUCUAGAGCUAAAAGCAUGUAUGAACAUGAUGUAGAAGACUCGGAAGUUCUUAGAGCAGAAUAUAGAAGACCAAGGGAUGUCCUUCUUUCACUCGUGGGGGAGUUUAUGUGUAGAGCCACUGCAAGGUUGACUGAAUUAAAUAAGAAAAAUAACCAAGAAGGGAAAAAUAUUGAACUUCUCGAUAUACGAUCGCACAUUCGACUGGCUGAUAUCGCUCAUACUUUACUAAAAGUUUCUCCAUACGACCCUGAGUCAAUGGGAUGCAGAGGCCUUCAGCACUACAUGAGUUACAUUUUGCCUUCGACUGAAUGGGCAAAUGAUGCUAUGAGACCGGCUUUAGUUACAAUUCUUCGAAGACUUGAUAAAGUAUUUCAAAAAAUAUCGAAAAAACCAUCAAUUCGGAGAAACACCGACUGGGAUGCAGCUGCUGGUCUUCUUAAAGGAAUUUACGACACUAUGGUAAAGUACCCAUACAUUAUGCACUGGCAACAUAUUAAAGCACUGAUUAACACAUGUCAGUUUUUGAUUGUCAGUGAUUGUUAUGCCAGUGAAGGUGUAUCAUCAGCUACUGCAGCUCUGAUGAGUCAGGCUCCUCCACCACAUUUCUGUUCAAUGGUGGUGCGGUUAAUAGCGCUUCAAAUUCAAAGUACUACUGAUAACUUCUCUCUUGAACAAGUUUGUGGAGGAAGUUCCACCUUCGCUACCCAAGACAAAACAGAAAGUAUGAUAAUGAAUCUAAUAAUGCCUUUGUGUUUACGAGUCGGUAGUGGUCGAAAGGACGUUUUUGCCAUGAAACAAAGUGAUAUUAGCUUUGCCAUAACUCUAGUAUUACAUGCAAUGAGUCCGCCUAGUACAAAGUCAGUGGCAUCCUCAGGUCCAAAUUUAAAAUCAACUUCGGAAAUUCGAACUGGUAGUUUAACUUUUACAGGCACUAGGGACACCAAAACAUCGUCCAAAAUUAACACUUCUUUGUAUCAAGUCUCUUUCCUCGCGUUAAAAAUCAUGAUGAUAUGUUUUGAGGGAGAACUAAUCACUGUGUGGACUAAAAUUGCUCGGACCAUGAGAGAAUUGGGGAAAAGGAACGAGGCGGCAACGUUUCUGUGGGACUUCUUAGAUUUUGUUGUCACUCAUCGAACGCCAUUAUUUAUUCUCAUGCAACCGUUUAUUUUCCAAAAGUUGGCACAACCUCCAAUAUCAGACUUUGAGCGAACAAUACAUUCGAGAAUUAGGGACAAAAUUAGGGGAAUAGGACUUCCGUUUCCUAAAAGUCGAGGAGCUCUUCUAAUGGAACUUGCCCACGAAAUGAAAGAAUUAAAAGAAGAGUUAGAAGACGCGUCUGAAAAUACAGACCCAAAAAAGCAAGAAGCAACUCAACCAACUGUUCAAAUGACCAGCGAGACGAAUCACGGACGACACCAGCGACAUUCACUUAUAGGAUUAUUCACCGGGGAUCACGGUUCUAAAGGAUCUACAGACCAUCCUCACACAACGCUUCCAGCAAAAGUUCCAGAAUCGUCCACCAGCACUAGUCAUGUAUCGACACCUAAUCAAGCAGCAAGCGAUGGACAAGAUGCAAAUGCUAAUGGUACUUCUACUCCUUGUAAUACAAUAAUUGAUCGUUCAUCACAAAGGUCAUCUGUGAGUGACGACCAUGGCAUACAAAUGCCAAAGUCUGAAUCCUUAAUCUCCCAUAAGGCUCAUAAACUUCGUUUUGUGUCUUCUGUAGAGUUUAGACAUUCUUCAGGGGAAACUUCAACCACACCGUUAAGUCCUGGAAGUCCAGCUGACGACAGUUCUGGAGAAAACCAUCCAAGUAAAUCACGACUUCAACGCAUAAAACCACAAAGUCGCAAAACUUUCAGAAUAAGGAAAAGCCGGAAGAAUAGUCGAGUGGAAAUCUCGCAUACUAAAUUACAAUCGGAGGAAACGCCCCAGCCAGAUUCUCCUCCCAAAACUACACCACAACCAACUGAACCAAAAGAAGAAACACCACCACCAAAUAACAAUAAUUUACAACAACAAUCUCAACCUCAAAUCUCCGAUCAACACCGUUUGAGAAUUUCAAUGCGUGGCAAACCAACUGAAAGUUCAUGGGAUGAAGACAGUGCCAUUUCGCAAACUUCGAGCACAUCUGGUUAUAGAGAAUCUUAUCCGGUUAUGCAUCUUAGGGAGAAUCUGGAAUCGAGUCCAAAGUCGUUUCCUCCACUGGCAUCUCCAGAUAUUCAUGAUUUGCCGUCAACAAGCAGUGCAACAACGACUAAUUUACAAUGCGACAACAGUUCGCCAGAUUGUUCGUUGAACGAAAAUGGAGAAAGAACCGCUUUGUUGAGUCAUACGGAGCGUUCUUCCUCACAGCAUUCUUUGUUGAUGGUUUUUGAGCAGCAAGAUGAGACGACCCUCAUUUAAUUUUGCUAGAUGCAGUUAUUGAUAAAGAAAAAGUCGUUUUCAUUUGGCCUUUUAUUUGUUUUACAAUAGUUUUACUGUUAUGAUUGUGAUAACUGCAUUAAACAGACAUAUAAACGCAAAAUUUACAACUGAUGGCUUUCUAAAUAUACUUAUACUCGUUUAUUCAAACUGUGUAGACUCAAUCAAUGUUAGAAAUACAUAUUCAAAAUACAAUGUGUUCAAAAAUGGUUGUUCAUCAAGCUGACUAUGGAAUUCAAAUUCAAUUUGUCGCUUCGUCCAAAUGACUACCUAUUGUAGUUUUUAUGUCAAAUCUUUGAAUUAGCUUUUCACUCACUUUUUUGCUUUUUUUUUUUGCAAAGUUGUUUCAAGUGUAGGGUUUGUUUUGAUUUGGGUUUUAUAUUACCGUAAUUUUCGUUAUUGUGUAUUCUUCUGUUUUUGGAUUCGACGCCUUUUUGCAUUAUUUUGACGGCAUUCACAAUUUAAUUCAAUUAAAUUAAGCGGCACAUAACGUUCAAACUUCGUAGGUGACUUGAUGAACAACCAUUUUUGAACACAUUGUCCAAAUACAUUACAUUUAUACCCUGAGCUGUACUUAACUGCUUAAUAAUAAUUGUUUUAGAAAGCAACAUAAUCUUUGGCAAUACUUUAAUAGGUAAGACAGUACAAUCAAUAAAAUUGCCUGUUCUGAUCGACUAGCACACAGCCUAAACGCCUGAGGAUAAAAACCUAAAAUGUUUACAAUAUAUAGCUUUUAUAACAUUUAGCAUCCACGAAGAAAGCAUUUUUGGAAAAUUACCCUCUAAUAAGAGGGUUAACCGUAAAAAAAAUAUUAUUGAAGUUAUAAUCAUCAGCAUUGAUAUUUGUACAUUCGGUUAAAAAAAAGAAGCGUGUAUUUAAUGAUUUGUGGCAAAUUACACCCACAAGGGGGUUAAAUGGGCAAUAAAAGUUUGUUUGCAAUUAUAAAAACAAGCAAAUCAAUUAACUUGGGUUCGUAUUAUGUCACGGUAACAGUAGACAAUAUUGGUUUCAAAAGAAACAGUAAAUUAAAAAUUUUCGUAGAAACCCUAGGUUUAGAAGAAAUGUGUUAAAGCAAAAAAAGAAGGUGCAAAGAAUAAAAAACACACAUUUAAACAGACCGCCGUAAACAAAAUUAUUUUUUACCAACCGAGUACGAACCACGAAUUGCUAAAAUCGACCGUAGUAAGUAGACGUAUGUAAGUACUUUUUCGGUCUAGAACUUAAAACUAUAUUGAAUAUAAAAAAGUAAACAUUAAUCGCACAAAAAAACUUCAUAAAUCAUAAACAUCACAAACGUCUCUGCCUUCAAACAACUUUUUUCGAUCGUAAAAUUUCUUUACUGUUCUUGAUACUUAAAAAUAAAACUUCGAUUUUCAUUUGCGUUGUGUGUAUGAAUAGCUCAGGUUAUAAGUGUUGGCAUCGUUAAUACGAGUAUAAUUCUACAUACUAUAAUGAAAAAAUAUUAUUGUUGUUAACAAUAAAUAGUUUAGUUUUGCUUUCAGAAAUAAAAUUGAAUGUUAAAAACAA